AUGUCUCGAGGCAUCGCUCCAGAUUACUCGCGUUCUGUACAGGAAGUCUAUACAGGUUUCAUGAUGUCCGUUGUUGAAAGUUCAGGAGGAUUAGAUUAUAUUGCGUCUGCAGGCAUACACCCAACUGAGAAAGACUGGCCAUCAUGGGUACCCGACUGGAGACUCACAUCCACCCGCCACCACAUCGAGUAUCUGCGAUCCCGCUCAGCUGGCGGUAAUCUACCCACUCAGGUUCCGCUGAUCAAGCAAGGCAAAAGAAGUACUCUUCUUGUUUGCAGCGGAUUGCAAGUGGACAUAGUCGAUGGUACUGCAGCCGAACCUCCCCUACAUCGUUCUACUCAACCACGCUACGCCUUGAAUAGAUAUGGCAGUCGGAAAUCCGAAGCACUCCAGCAGACCUUGCUUAUGGGCCACCCUAAAGCUACUCCAGGCACAAUUGUGGGCUAUCCCAAAGCGUCUACAGGCGUACUCAAGUCUGUUCAUCGCCAUGACGACCAAAGAUCUGUCAGUCAAACUACUUUCAAAGAUUUGAUAAGUUCCGAAAACACAAUCGAGGCUUCCGUAUCGGAGGCCAGAGUUUAG